AUGCUUGAUCAGUUCACUAAACAGUGGAGAAAGGAAGAUUUACUCAGUCUUCGAGAGUCGGCGAAAUUAUCCGCGAAACCGUCAAAAGAAACGAUUAAGAUUAAGAUUGCUGAUAUUGUUAUCCUCAGAAAUGACAGUACCAAACGUGUAUUUUGGAAGUUCGGAAAGGUGGAAGAACUCAUUCCAAGCAAGGAUGGAAUUAUACGAGCGGCAAGAGUAAAGGUUCAAGGAGACGGUGGAAAGCAAGUAAUUCUGCGAAGACCGAUACAGCAUCUCAUCCCACUUGAAGUCAAAGCGCAGUUACCAGAACCCGAAUGCAAUCAACCCCCAGUUAACAGCGUUGAAGAAGAAGAAACGGAAAGUGCAAGACCAAGAAGAAAAGCAGCGAUAGCUGCAGACCGUUUUAGAGCUGAGUUAUACCAACGAUAUACUAUUUAG